AUGUCGCGCUACGUUGAAGACCCAGAUUACCGCCGCAGCGAGCCUCGUCACUCCUCCAGAAGAGACCCUCGUGAGCGUGACCACAGAGAUCGUGGUGAUUCUACAAUUAUAAGAGACAGAGACAGAGACAGAAGAGUUGUGGAUGACCGAAUAGACCGAGAUACCAGGAUGAAUGAUGUUAUGGACACCCGUAUGGACACCCGGAUUGAUCCUCGGAUGGACCGUAUGAAUACCAGAAUGGACACCCGUAUGGAUUCCCGCAUGGACACCCGUAUGGACGACCGUAUGGACAUCCGGACAGACCCAAGAGCAAAUACUACCUCACGACUAAAUCCAAGACCUGAUCGUGCCUUGGACAGCCGGACUACUGAACCUGAUCCCUCCAGUGUCCUAUUUCGAGACCCAAGAACUGGAGAAUUGUUUCGUGAAGUGAGGCCGGAAGCCACUUCGAGAUCCCCUUUUGCCGGAGAUGAUCCUGAUGAUGACAUGCAACCAUCGCGAAGCCGGACCACGAUCGAUGCACCCGUGCCCAGAGAGCGUGAUGGAUACAGGCCUGGAGGCCCCGGACUGUCCGAAUACUUUUGCCCAGGAGAAGGAAUUGACCGGGAAGUCAUCCAGCACGAAAUUUGCAAAUAUCUCGGACAGGAUGCCACAUGCCGCCCAGGUCGAAACGCUGAAGGUCGGUCUGGUUAUUGGGUUAGAGCCUAUCGCCCUUUCACGACGGCAAUGGAACAAUCCUUGCGUGACGAUACCAUCAAAUGGCAACGUGAACGAGAACGUAGGGCAAGGCAAGGUCGUUCUCAAGGUACGCCUUAUAGCGACUGGCAAGCAAACCGAUCUAAGGAUCGUGUAGGUUCUUAUGCCGAUAUGCAAGCCCGACAAGAACGGGAACGUCGAUACCCUGGAGAAAUGGACCUUGAUGAUGAUGAUUACCGCCAACCUCCCAGGCAUCGUGAUCCUCGUGAUCCGGAUCCACGUGAUGUUCCUCGCCCUGUUGGCAGUGGACGUGUUUCUAUACCAGUCACUACUGGAUUUCCCCCGGAACCGGCUUAUCCAGCCAAUUCCUAUGCCAUUUCCUCAACCCGGGAGGGUUACCCUGCGGGCCAAUCCACCUACUACAACGCUGAUCGAGAGCCCAGGACUGCCUUUGGAGGCGCGGGAAAUACGACCCCUCCAUCCAUGAGUCGUUCCAGUCAACCAGGAGCAUAUGGCCAGCCGGGAUAUUCUUCCAGAACAGGACCACCAGUCUCGGCCCCAAUAUCGGCUCCAUACGGAGAUUCCAGAAGAGAAGUCAUGGGUUAUCCUACCGGCUAUACUGAUCCACGUGGUCACCGUCGGUGA